ACUCUUGUGUGCUUUUUAUAUUCUUCUUGUGACUACAGAUGAAGGAAAUGUAAAGAUGCAGGUUAACGUCUUAAUCCGCCACAAUUACUCGGAAGCACCCAAGAAAGAAAUACCGUCUUACAUAGAUAAAAAGCGAAGAGUCUUCUGAAGUCUCCGCGUUCCUCCAGCCACAUGAAAAGUAAAUAUAGUAGUAGUAGUCAAAUGACAGAAAUGUUUCGUUCUGUUGAGAGCACCAAACAGGAGCCAUCGUCAUAAAUUAUAGUCUGAGAACCUGGAGGAGGCUCUGCUUCUUGGACCUGGAGGAGAAAUCAUUUCUCUCUUACAUUUUUAACCUACCUCUUUUUCCUACUUGCUCCUGCACAUGGCAGAAAUAAUUGUGUCUCCUCUGCUACAGGUGGUCUUUGACAAGUUGGCCAGUCGUUUAUUACAAGAGAUUGCUAAUAUACUUGGCCUCAAGAAGGAGGUUAGGAAGCUUCAAAGAUCUUUAUAUGUAAUACAAGCCGUGCUUGAAGAUGCAGAAGAGCGACAACUGGCCGAUAGAGCUCUGAGAAUUUGGCUGACAGAGCUCAAGGAAGUUGCUUACGAGGUGGAAGACUUGCUUGAUGAGUUCUAUUUGGAAGCUAUGCAAUCCAGGAAUCAGGGUGGCUUUGCUGAACAGGUACGCUCUUUCAUUCCCUCCCUGGCACGAGUAGCAGGUUGUAUGGAUUUGUCAACUAGAUUACAGCAGAUCAAGGAGACAUUAGAAGUGUUAGCAGAAGAGAAGUCUAGUUUCAAUUUAAGAGAGAUGGUCACUAAAGGAGGUAGCAGGAGACGAACGGCAAGGCAAACUGGCUCCUUUAUAAUUGAAUCAGAAGUUUUUGGGAGAGAAGAGGAUAAAGAUAGGAUAAUAAACAUGUUACUGUCAAGCAAUAGUUUUACUAAGGGUGAUAUCUCUGUUGUCUCCAUUGUUGGUUUAGGUGGUCUUGGUAAAACAACUCUUACUCAGUUACUCUAUAAUAACGACAGAGUAGCGGCACAUUUUGAUUUGAAGAUCUGGGUCUGUGUCAGUGAUGAUUUUGAUGUAGGAAAAAUCAUGAUCUCGAUCAUAGAAUCUGCCAGCAAAAAUAAAUGUGACAUCUUUGGGAUGGAUGUAUUGCAGUUUCGACUACAAGAACUACUAUUUGGGAAGAGAUACUUACUUGUAUUGGACGAUGUGUGGAAUGAAGAUGACAGUGAAUGGGAGAGGUUAAGAAUGUCACUGAGAAGUGGUGUGGAGGGAAGUAGAAUUAUUGUCACUACACGAAGUAAAAAAGUGGCACUGAUGAUGGGAUCUACUUACACAUAUCAGUUAGAAGGUCUAUCUGAUAAUGAUUGCUGGGCUUUGUUCAAGCAACGAGCUUUUGGCAAUAAUGAAGUAGAGCACCAGAACUUGAUUCCAAUUGGUAGGCAAAUUGUGAAGAAGUGUAGAGGUGUCCCUUUAGCUGCAAAGACUCUAGGAAGCCUAAUGCGGUUCAAAAGAGAAGAAAGAGAUUGGUUGGUUGUCCAGGAGAGUGACCUUUGGAAUGUAUCUCAAAGUGAAAAUGGAAUUUUACCUGCCCUAAGAUUGAGUUACAGUCAUAUGCCAUCCCAUCUUAAAGCCUGCUUUGCAUAUUGCUCGAUAUUUCCGAAGAACUACAUAAUCAAGAAGGAGAAGUUAAUCCAGCUUUGGAUUGCAGGUGGUUUCAUUCAAUCGCCAGAAGGAAGGAAGUCACUGGAAUUUAUUGGAAAUGAAUACUUUGAUGAUUUGGUGUGGAUGUUUUUCUUUCAAGAUAUUCAAAAGAGUGAAAAUGGCAAUAUAAUUGAGUGUAAAAUGCAUGAUCUCAUUCAUGAUCUUGCACAAUCAAUAGUGGGAAACGAAUUCAAUAUGCUGGAGAAUGAUAAUAUAAGAGAAGAUUUAUGCCAAACUCGCCAUUCAUCAGUGGUUUGUAAUUUCAGAUUCUAUGCAAUUCCAGAAGUUUUAUAUGCAGCAACAAAAUUACGAACCCUCAUCUUAUUGUUCCCAAAAGGUGACCUUGGCGAACUCCCCUCUAAGAUAUUUUCAAGUUUUAGAUAUCUGUGGGUCCUUGAUAUAAGCGGUAGUGGGAUCAAAAAGCUGCAGGAUUCAAUUUCCUCCUUCAUAUUUUUGAGAUAUCUUGACAUCUCCAACACCCAUAUAGAGAAUUUGCCUGAAAGUGUUUGCAGACUUCGCAAUUUACAAGUGUUGAACCUUUCUGGUUGCUAUAAUCUCAUCGAGUUACCAAGUGGCAUGGCCCAAAUGAAUAAACUGAGGCAUUUGAUACUAGAUGGCUGUGAGAGAUUAACCAAAAUGCCAACUUGGAUAGGAAGACUUCUGUAUCUUCAGACGUUGUCGAUGUUUAUUGUUGGAAAGGAAGUAGGCCAACACCUGAACCAGCUGCAAAAUUUAAACCUUGGUGGGGAGCUUCAGAUUAGAGGAUUAGAGAAUGUAAGGGAUGCAACAUAUGCAAUGAAUGCUGACUUGGCAGCAAAGCGAAACAUUCUGUCAUUGAAACUAUGUUGGGGAAGUGUUUUUAGUGGUCUAAAUGGGAAUUUUGCUAAUGAUGACAUGCAACAGAAAGUGCUCGAUCACCUUCAACCACACGGGUAUCUGAAAAAGUUGUCUAUAAGAGGGUUCGGAGGAAUCCGUUUGCCUGGAUGGAUGAGUAUUUCCAAACUUCCAAAUAUAACUGAACUUGUGUUGGUUAACUGCAGGAGAUGUGAAUAUCUGCCUGUGUUGGGUCAACUUCCCUUCCUUAAGGUCCUCUAUUUACAAGGGAUGAAUGCAGUGAAGAACAUUGGAAGAGAAUUCUAUGGUGAUGGCACUGGGACAUUGUUUCCGUCAUUGAAAGAGCUAACACUCAUGGAUUUCCCUUCUUUAGAGUUCUGGUGGAGUUCCAAAAAGAAAGAAGAAUUCCCUUCUUUGGUCAAACUAACACUCAGCAAAUGUUUCAGGUUGCAAAACGUGCCAUGCUUCCCAUCUCUUCAACAUCUGGAGCUACGCAGCUGCAAUGAGAUGGUACUACAGUCAGCAUCUGACCUAACUUCCCUAAACAUCCUUGUCAUUGAUGAUUUUGCAGAGCAAUUGAUUCCCUUGGAAAAUUUGCUCAAAAACAAUGCUCUUCUCAUGUCUCUCAAGAUUAGUUCUUGCCCAAAGCUUCUCUCGAUCCCUCCAAGUUUAGGAGUGCUUGUCAAUCUGAGAUCACUAGUGAUACGCUGGUGUGAAGAGCUAUAUUCAUUACCUCGAGGAUUGCAAAACCUCACCACCUUGGAGUCUUUGGAAAUAAUUGAAUGCCAUAGUCUUAUUUCCUUGCCAGAGGAUAUACAAGGCCUGCACUCUCUUCGAUCAUUGUCAAUAGAGAACUGCAGUAAACUCAUGUCCUUGCCAGUAGAACUGGAAUUUCUAACAGCCCUUGAGCACUUGACUAUAAUGUACUGUCCAAAUUUGGCUUCUUUACCUGACAGUUUCCAACAUCUGUCCAAACUUAAGAGCUUAUCGGUUUUGAACUGUCCAGAGCUGAAAUGUCUUCCUGAGGGGUUACGAUGUGCCACCUUAAUGCAGAAUCUAGAAAUUCGUAGCUGCCCUGGUCUGAUGGCUUUGCCAGAAUGGGUAUCAGAGCUUACCUCACUCAGAUCUUUGGCAUUAUCAGAUUGUGACAAUUUAACUUCUCUCCCUCGUGGACUGCAAUCUCUUGGUUCCCUUCAGCAUUUGUCUAUUCUAGAAUGUCCAACUCUGGAAGAGAGGUGCAAGAAGGAGAUAGGUGAAGAUUGGCCUAAAAUAAGUCAUGUUGCAGAUGCCUAUAUUGGAUCACGAGAGUUUGAGAGCAGCGCAACUCAUUGAGAUUGAGAACUACAACUGCUUACUGAUGCAGUUGAAUCAGAGACUAAUGGUUUGAGCAUUUUAUGUUCCUGAAGAUAGUUCUGCACAUUCCCAUCAUGUUAAAGAAUUCCCUUUCUUUUUUUUCCUACAUUUCUGUAAAUUAUGGACAGUGUUGAUAUCAGUCCCCCAGGACAACUUGUGUACAGUUAGCCUUAGGGCAUGGUACCGGAUUCUUACUGUAGAAAAUAUUGGAUGACAGAAUCUGAUGAUGUAUUGAUAGUGGCAACAGACAUCAGGUUGCUAAAUUUCCUUAAUUAUUCAGAAGAAAUUAUUUUCAUAUAAUCUUGUGUACAAGAUUUAUUGUGGACCCUGAACCACUCUUUAUUAAGCUCAUGGAGAAAAUGAAAACUG